CUUCUCGCCAGGCAGCACCGACACUGCGCUUCAUUCCAAGGCGGUCAGCAAUCGGGCGAGCGUUGCGACACCCUCCCUCUUCACGAGCAGGAACAGUAGCAGGUUUGGGUGUGGGUACACAGACGUCGUGCAAUGAUCCAUUAGACUGAAGGCGUUGGACAUUUGUCACAAAAAGAGCGUCGGCUGUGCAAGGGAGCAAUCUCCCUCUCUCAUCACACAGAAAGAGUAACGAGGAUACCGGCUGCCAGGGGGAGCUUGCUUGCACUUGAGAUACCUGCUGACGAUGCUCGACGAUGCUCGAUCAUGACCGGGCUUUUCUCUUGGAGGUGAUGAAGGUGGAUACGCAGACUGAACAUGAGCUGGAUGAGCAACUGAAGACCGAGGCAAAGCAGCUCGGAGUGGACAUUGAGGAGACGGACUCGGCCAUGGGAAGCAACCAGUCGUUUAGGACAUGCUGCUCCGACUAUUCUCGGCGCUCAGAGUCGGUUGACUCGACGACAUCACACUCGACAGGUCUGAUGUCGACCUUCUCCGACAGCUCAAAGGAGCACCCAGGGAUCUCUGUUGAUCGCAAAGUUCGAUCGGGAACCACUCUCUCAUUCAAGGACUACGACAGCUUCGUAUCCCGAGGUGUGCCAAACGGUCGAUUCUCGAUAUCCUUUUUCUCACCACCGCCACCACUACCAUCCAGCCCAUUCCAUUCUGUCUUCUCUCUUCCUCUAUCGCAGCCACCGGCAUCUCCAGACGCGUCGCCGAGAAGACACUUUCGACGUAUUCGAGGUCUCAGUCUGCUGCGACCCCAUCGAUCAGAUUCAAUCACAUCUCUGGCUGACGCGUGUCCGCACUGCCCACAUGAUCCGCCAAGCCAAAGACGAGCGAUUCACAAAUUGCCUUGUGGACACCGACUUUGUACCCAAGCACUCCGCAAUACCAUCAACGCCGCCAUCGACUGCACAAAAGGAGCGGUGCCUAGCUGCUGCAGCCAACCCAUCCCUGGACGCCUGGUCGAGCAUGUCAUGACGCACGAAGAGCAAGCUGCGCUGCUGCACAAAUUAGAGCAGUGGGACGAGGUUGUGUCAUCGAGGCCGUCCACGAAUGGUUCUCAUCGCGAAUUUCACCAGCAACAGCCACCUGGGAAACAUCAUGUCGAGCGAGAUCAUCCUAGUGUCAUGCCAGUAUCACUACAGGCGGCUCAGGAGGCGCUCGGAGACGUGGUCGAGCGCGAGGACUACAGACUGCUGCAAAGUAGCCAAAUCGAACAGCGUGACCGUUACAUCGCCUGGGCAGCGAAACAACAGGCGGAGCUGAUUGACAGGCACGACCAACGUCGACGUGAUCUCCGGUCGAUGCACGAAGCUGUCGCGGAGGCGAUGCAGGAGCGUCACGCCUCUGCCACAAGCGAUGCAGAAGAUAAGCAAGUCCAGGCUGAGUCUGACUUGCGCGAAGCUCAGGAGAAAGAGCGAUGCGACAUUGCCACAGCUUUGAAGCACCUGGGGUCGUAUUGCGCUGGAACAUACAGUAAUGGCGAAAGUCACGACCGCAUCGUAACAGAACAAGCUCGACUGGAACUGAAAAAAGCGCGAUGGCAUCAGGAUACCAUGGCUAUUCGGCAUGAAAGUGCCAUCAAUGUCUUGCGUGGGGAGCAAACCCGCAGGCUACACAACCGAGCGCUGCGACAAGAUAGAGAUUUACAUGAGUUGAGACGUCAGCAGCGCAAAGAGGAGCUCGAGCUCGAGCGCUCAUGCAAUGGCGAGCUCGCCAAGCUCAACGAGAGUCUCGACGAGAAGAGAAGAAAGCUUUGCUGGAGACAGGAACUUCAGAUGGCCAUAAUCGCGAAGCGGAUUGAAGCGGAAACAGGCACGCAGUUGGAGUGUAGGCUACCGACCGCGGACUGGCAAUGGGACUUAAUGGACUCCAGGGAGAGAGCCGACAGUCGCCUAGAUGGCGCCGGUGGUCUGUCUCACCAUCCACGACACGACUCUACCAGGAGCGAGACAGAUGCAGUCUUGCACGAACCAGACGCAAAGUACGACAGACAAUCAACAGGAAUUAUGCACGUGCGGGAGUUCAAGAUUGGUGGCAUGUGAAACACUUCAAAGAGAGCGCUUCGAAGGAUGGAUCAUGCGAGUGAACACUUGCUCUUCCUUGCAGAAGCGUAGAGUGUCCCAUACCUAGGUACUCUCCCUUUUACGAAUCGCCUAACGGCGCAGAUGUACUUUUACGACGAGAUGCCACGUGGAAUUAGAGAAUCAAGAGGGGUACAACAGGACCGCGAUAUAGGAUUUUGUAGCGGACGAGUGGUGUAAGAGCAACAGCUAUAACCUUGUCUCAAGUAGUCUGCAGAACAGUGUCAG